AUGUCCGGCGCCGCCGCCCGUCUCGCCCCGGACGCCCUGCCCGCGACCGUGAUCCCCGCCCCCACGGAGACGUCGCCUCUGCUCGGGCACGGCCACCUGCCGAAUGGCAAUGGCGAUGCCGUCGACAAUGAUGGCCAAGUCGAGGCCGGCGACGGUGCCAAUGGCCCGCCCAAGGAUCCUCCCCGGGACGGGAACCCCGCCAUGGCCAAGAAGAUGCACCUCUUUCUCCCCGCCGUUGGGAUAGGGCUCUUCCUCGUCGCCAUCGACCAGCUCCUCACCGUGGCCACCUACGCCAAGAUUGGCAAUGAGCUCAACUCCCUCAACAACAUCAGCUGGAUCGCCACGUCGUACUUCCUCACCCUCACCAGCUUCCAGCCCCUGUACGGCAAGCUCAGCGACAUCUUUGGCCGCAAGGAGUGCCUCCUCUUCGCCUAUGCCGUCUUCGCCGUCGGCUGCGUCGGCUGCGGCCUCGCCCGGGACAUGGUCCAGCUGUGCGUCUCGCGCGCCGUGGCCGGCAUCGGCGGCGGGGGCAUGAACGCCGUCGUCUCCAUCCUCCUCUCCGACAUUGUGCCCCUGAGAGAGCGCGGCAUCUGGCAGGGCUAUCUGAACAUCAUCUUUGCUGCUGGUACAUCCACCGGGGCGCCUCUCGGUGGCUUCUUGGCGGAUUCUAUUGGCUGGCGCUGGUCCUUCCUCGCCCAAGCACCCCUCUGCACCAUCGCCUGGCUGGCCGUCUACUUCGUCCUCGACGUCCCGCGUCCCGACCAAUCCCACUGGCUCCAAAAGAUCCGCAAAGUCGACUUCCUCGGCGCCCUCGUCCUCGUCCUCGCCGUCGUCGCCCUCCUCGUCGGCCUCGACUCCGGCUCCAACCUCGGCUGGUCGCACCUCAUCACCGUCCUCUCCCUCGCCCUCGCGCCCCUCCUCUUCGCCCUCUUCGUCCUCAUCGAGGUCCGCUUCGCCACGCACCCCUUCGCCCCCGGCCACAUCAUCUUUGACAGGGGCCUCAUCGCCUGCUACCUUGCCAACUUCUUCGGCAUGGCCGGCCAGUUCGGCCUCCUCUUCUUCCUGCCGCUGUACUUCCAGGCCGUCGAGUCGUAUAGCGCGACCGUCAGUGGCUCGCUCCUCGUGCCGGCCAUGGUCGCUGGCGUGUUGGCCUCCAUCGGGGGCGGUUGGGUGAUUAAGCGGACGGGCAAGUUCUAUGCCAUCACGAUUGCUGGCUAUGGCCUGCAGGCGCUCGGUAUCUUGCCUCUCGCGGUCGCGCUUUGGUACAAGGCGACUGUUGGCGAAGUCACCUCUCUGAUGAUGAGCGCCUUUGGCAGCGGCUCAGGCAUCACCACAACCCUCAUAGGCCUCCUCGCCAACGCCUCCACAGAGGACACGGCCGUCGUCGUCGCCUGCUCCUACUUGUUCCGCUCGCUCGGCUCCAGCAUCGGCAUAUCCAUCAGCUCGGCGGUCCUGCAGCAGGUUUUGCGGACCCAGCUGGCAGCCCGGCUGCCCAACGGCGACGAGGCGCGCCGUAUUGAAGAGCAUGUUCGCCAAAAUAUUGACUACAUUCGUGACCUGCCCCCGCGGAUUGCAGAGCAAGUCCGCAGCAGCUACCAGAUUGCCACUCUGGGGGCCUUUGUUCCGACCCUUGUCUUCUCCAGUGUCGCCUUCUUGGUGACGUUCUGGUAA